ACAUUCUCUUCACACCCCAAAAUUGUCAUCCCAUUCUAGUAGUUCAGCAUCUUUAAAACUUCCUAGGAGAUCAAUCAUGGGUGCUGUUACCUUCACUGAAGAGUUCACCAGCACCAUCCCGGCCUCCAGAUUGUUCAAGGCCUUGAUCCUUGAUUCUGACAAUCUCAUCCCCAAGAUUGCUCCUCAAGCUGUAAAGAAUGUUGAGCUAAUCGAAGGCGAUGGAGGCCCUGGAAGCAUCAAGAAAAUGAACUUUGGAGAAGGUAGCCAGUUCAAGUAUGUGAAGCAUAGGAUUGAUGCGGUAGACAAGGAGAAUUUGACCUAUGCUUAUACCCUGAUUGAUGGCGAUGCUUUGAUGGACAAGCUUGAUUCAAUUUCUUAUGAAAUGAAGUUUGAGCCUUCUCCUGAUGGGGGUUGCAAAGGCAAGAAUGUUAGCACAUACCAUACAAAACCAGGUGUGGAGAUCAAAGAAGAGGAGAUCAAGGAUGGCAAGGAAAAGGCUGCAGGGGUCUUCAAACUUGUGGAAGCCUACCUUUUGGCAAACCCUGAGGCCUAUGCAUAAUUUACCUAAUUUUGCAUGUUUAUUUGGUCUAAUUUAUCAUUCUGGAUGGAUAAUGAGUGUUUGUAUGCCAAUAAUCUUGUGAGCUUCUAAUAAUGCUCUUGGGCAUUAUUAGAAUUAGAAGAGUCUGUGUUGGUCUCUAUGUUACUCCUUUUCCCUUUUAAGUAUGUUGCGGAAAUGCUGGUUACUGAAAAGAUCAGAUUAUUCAUAUCGAUCAAUUUCUGGAUGGAACCUAAAGUUAAUAUUUGUUUGCUACCGCAAA